AAGAUAAUGUCUCACAAAGGAUGUCUCAGUGUUACAAAAUACUUCCUCUUUCUCUUCAAUCUUUUCUUUUUUAUCCUUGGAAGUCUGGUCUUCGGCUUUGGCUUGUGGAUACUUUUUGAUCAAAAUAAUUUUGCUUCCACACUUGGGUCCUCAUAUUAUGCUCUCAAAAUAUGGUCCUACAUUUUCUCGGGUGCGGGCAUCCUAACAAUGUUAUUGGGAUUUCUUGGAUGUUUGGGCUCUCUCAAGGAAAUCAAGUGUAUGCUAGGAUUUUACUUUGCCUUCCUAUUGCUCCUGUUCGUUGGUCAAGUCACCAUUGCAAUCUUGAUACAGACACACAGCAACACGAUCAGUUCAACAGUGGCUGGACACGUAAAAACCAUCAUUGCAGGCUAUGGAAUAAACGCAUCACUUUCAGAUCAUGGUGACAGCUGGGAUUUUGUGCAAGAGCAGUUCCAAUGCUGCGGCUGGACAGGCUGGACAGACUGGAUGGAAAAUAGCAGAGUCAGAAAUGCCUCAAAUAAACAGUUUCCCUGCUCCUGUCGUAACACCUCUGUUCUACCUUCAGCCCACAACAGAACAACUGCCAAGCCGGCCCUCUUUUGCCGAGUAGAGGGACAGUUGCCAAUCAACAAUAGAGGCUGCAGGGAGAGCGUCCAAACCUGGCUGAACAAUAACCUCAUCAGCAUUGUAGGGAUCUGCCUUGGGAUUGCUCUCCUAGAGCUCUUCCUCAUGAUGGUAUCGAUGUUUCUGUGUAGAACCGUUGGUCCCAACUACGACAAGCUUGCUCGUUAUUCCUAGGCAAACAGACUUUUGGGGGAAAUGGCAUUGAAGAACAUUCCAUCUUAUUUAGACAUUCCACUCGGGUUUUAAAACCGUACAUUGUAGAGCUGCAGUUACGUUCAGCAAGUUUACUAUCUCACUUUCUUGUCCUAAGUGAUCCAGUCUUGGAAACUGAGAUGAAACUUUCAAGAAUCAGAGCAACCAAUAAGAAAAUAGAGUAAUAUGAAGCAGAUUUUUACCUUCAGUUAGUUAAAGAUAAUUUAGCUCUCUAAAAAGUAUAGCCGUAUCGGCUUUUGGCUUCACCUAAAUCCUCAAAAUAGGAUAAAGAAUUCUAUGUUUUUAUAUUGCAUUGCCCUGGAAUGCACAGAUUUUAACAGCCAAGCUCUGGUCUACUUUUGCAUGAAGAGAACUAUUUAACCAUAAAUUACUUAUUGCUAGGAUCUGUCAAAUACAACCUGGGAAAAAUUAUUUGUUGCCCCCAAAUCCUUUAAUAUGGCUGUUUUAGAGGUAAAGCUAAAAAAUUUACUCUUUUUUUUUAAGUGAAACUUGCACUCUGUUAUUUAGUUAGCAGUUAGGGCUGUGAAUUAAGAGUGGUGUUGACCCACCUGAUUGGACCAAGAGUUUUUGAAUCCUUCCUGCUGCCAUUGGGGUGAGAUCUAUUCAGCUAGACUUCAAACAUUCUCAACCAUACAUAGGAUAUAACCAAACUUGAACGUUCUGUGUUCUAUGCUAUCCUUGAUGUGUACUUUAGUAUUUAGCUUUUUGUACCGCAAUCUUGUCUUGAUUUGAUUGAAUUAAUCCAUGUUGAAAACAGCUCAGUUAAGAGGGCUGCAUUUCUCGCUUAUGUUUGGACUAAACUGUUCCAUCACAAGUCUUUUCCUCUCGUUGGAGAAAAGGCAUGAGGAACCUGAAGUCCAUCUGAUAUUGUUCCUUGGUGGCUCCCAAGUGUCCCAGCCUUUAUAGACAGUGGUAAGGAAUGUUGAAUGACAAGUUCCACAGCACUGAAUCUGCAAACCUUUGGUGGAGCUCAUGACCACUAGCUAGUUCAGAGGCAGGAUACACCUGAUCUGGCGUGAAGAAAGAGGUCUGUUUGCACUGGGAAUGUGUUGAUAUGGCCAUUAACACUUCUGUGGAUUUUUGAAUGGUGCCUCUUUACUGCCCCCACCUCCCCAGCAGGUGCAAAUGAAGGGGACACCUUAUCUUUGAGCCCCAAAAAUUGGACAUGUUUUUGUGUUGCGCCUUGCACAUUUACAACCCUGUAAAGGGGCAGAUGAGAGAACCUUCGUUUUUCUUUUUUGCGGUAUUUAUAUAUUCAGCUUGGAUGUUUUAAAACAGAAGUACAAAGGGGGAAAUAGUUUGAGCAAGAGGAUGCAGGUGGAAUGAGGUACCUAUAUAAUUUCACCUCCUUUCUCAACUUCCUGUGGUUUGUUCCUUCAUAGAACUGGGUUUUUUUACAUUCUAU